AUGGCGCAGCUCGCCUUUGUCAACUUGUCUCACCCUAGCGAUGUACAAAACCGCAAUGUGCAAACGAAUAUCCGGCGUCAUGUCAUGGAAGACAUUGGCCGAUCGCGGAGGAAGCGACCGCGUGCCACAGUCAUUCCCCUGCAAGUCCGGACGCGUCCGCCCGGUAAAAAGCUGAAAGGAGACCGGAAAUCGAUGGUAGAAAUCACCUAUGCGUCAGGAAAGGAUGUCCAUCAUCUCCAACCCUGCUGGUCUCCGAAUCCUUGCGGCAUCUUGGGAUUGGAUCUAGAUGCGAGGACGCUUCAGAUUUUGCAUUUCGUGAGAUCAGUGGCAGAUUACAAGCACCGGGCCUACCUUACCAUCUGGAUACGAAUGGGCCUCUCGGACCCGACGGCGCUUAAGCUCUCUAUGGCGAGCUCGUCGCUCUUCUGGGAUCAGGCACACGGAAAACCAGACAGCGUCGAGUACAACGAUAACCCGGAAUCCACAAGAUACUACUUUGAAGGACUUGGGCAGCUGUCGAAGCGUCUGCGCGACCCGCAUGAGUCUGUCAGUGCUGGUGUUAUCGCUUCAAUUCUUGGGUGCAUCUGCCAUGAUUUGACUGUCGGAAAUUGGGAUCGCUGGGCCGUCCACCUUAACGGUUUACAUCGUAUAUCAAACCUUCGCGGCGGAUUUGAAGGCCUGGAAAAUAGCAUUGCUUUAAUAGCUUUUUGGUUAGAUAUCGCCGGCAGGACAGUCCUCAAUUCACCGCCAUGGUUUCCAAUUCCGCGAGAAAUAUGCAUGCCUGAGGUUGAGGAGGUACCUCCUGCGCUGGAACGACUUCUCGUUGGCUUGGGUUCAGCAUAUCCCCAAUUAUCCCCGGUUCUCUGCGUCUUGCGGAUGAUGUCCUGGGUUGCUGAAACUGUCAAUCGCGACAGCGAUUCAACACAGUUUUGGAAAAAUGAAGUCUGGGCGAUCCACCUCAUAGGUCCUGUCACUCACCGUCUACUCUCUAUCCCAAGAUUGUCUGACGACCCUACGAAGGAGUCAGACGCCUCGGUUGUAGGAGAGAUGGUUCGCCUAUCAUGCCUUAUAGCCCUCUCUGGCUUAAAGAAGGGCUUCUGCCUGAAUUCCUCCGACAUGGUGCCGCUUCAAGCAAAGUUUGCUGAACUGGCAGCUCGGAAUUUGCGUGAGACAGAUUCGAGGUUGCAAGACCUCAGGCUCUGGGCGCUUGUUACUUCGGCUCUUUUACGCCCCAGCGAUGCGAGACUGCCUUUGAUAUCCCACAUUCAAGGGCAUAUCGUGAGCCAAGGUCUUGUCGAUGCCCGCGCCGCAGUCGACAUUGCAAGGGCCUUGGUCUGGAUCGAGGCCUUGGAAGCACACGAGGAAAUAGGGUUAGUAGAGCAGAUCAACGGCGAUGACGUCUCUUGCUUUAGCCCACCCAAGUUCGUUGGUUAA